AUGUUGAAGAUGUUUUUUAUCAGCAUGCGGAUGCGGGGCAUGUUGGUGCUAGGGGGAGUGAUGGGGAGACGCAUUUUCAACUUGAAAGUUGUUUCAAAGGAGUUUGAAGGGAAAAGCUUGGUGAAGAGACAUAGGUUGAUCUAUGGUUUGCUGCAAGAGGAGCUGCAGAGUGGAUUGCACGCAUUAUCUAUUGUUGCCAAAACCCCGACUGAAGUUGAAGCAACAUGA